AUGGCACCGACCGCCCAGUUCAUUCCCGCGCCCGCCCUGCCCGGCUCGAAGCCUUCCUUCUCCUCCUCCGCUUCCCCCGCUUCGCACUCUCACUCGCACGGCUCGCACUCGCACGGCGCUGAGGAGCAUGGACACACGCACGAGGUCCUUGAUCACCCUGGCAAGUUCACCGAGCGCGACAUGCCCGACUUCAGCAAGCGCAACUGGGAGGAGCGAGCGUUCACAAUCGGUAUUGGCGGACCCGUCGGUACCGGCAAGACGGCGUUGACUUUGGCUCUGUGCCGCUACUUCCGCGACAACUACAACAUCGGUAUCACGACUAACGACAUCUUUACCGUGGAGGACUGCGAGUUCUUGAUCAAGAACGAAGCACUUGCGGAUCCUGGGCGAAUCCGCGCCAUCCAGACUGGUGGAUGCCCUCACGCUGCGAUCCGGGAGGACAUCUCCGCCAACCUCGGCGCGCUCGAAGACCUUCAGGCGACCUAUGGCUGCGACUUCCUGAUCGUUGAGAGUGGCGGAGACAACCUCGCAGCGAACUACUCGCGCGAACUGGCGGACUUUAUCAUCUACGUUAUCGACGUAAGCGGCGGCGACAAGAUCCCUCGCAAGGGUGGCCCUGGCAUCUCGCAGUCCGACUUGCUCGUCAUCAACAAGAUCGACAUCGCCCAGUACGUCGGCGCCUCGCUCGAGGUGAUGAAGCGCGACUCGGACAAGAUGCGCGACAACGGCCCGACCAUCUUUGCGUCGGUCAAGCAGGGCGAGGGAGUCGAGGGAGUUGCUGAGAUGAUUCUCGCGGCGUGGUCGGCUGCGACGGGGAAGAGCAAGAAGUAG